AUGCGGCAACAGCAACGGCACCUGAACUCCACGCCAACGCCCUACAUUUCUUCUUCUCUUCCCAAGGCUUUUACAAUGCUCUCCAAUCCCAGCCCAACGCCCCAAACACCGAGCAGACACGAAGACGCCAAAGCCGACUCGCUUGAACAACCUGGACACUCGGGCACCUGGACCAUCGCCGGGGUUCGGGGUGAUGCCCUCCCCCCACUCGUAGGAUAA